UCGCAUACACAUCGUGAACCGGACAUUUCGUAUAAAAACGCCGACCGGCUGGCUUGAUGGCACACUCGAUCCGAAACUACCACGAGACACGAUGAAGAGCUUUGCGAUACUGUUGUUGGCAACCGCCGUAUUGGCAGCCCCGAGCGCGAAAAAAACCGAGAAGGAACAUGGAAAGCGAAGUUUGGUAACGGGUGAUGCUGCUUUUUCUACCUACGGUCUGCCAUACAACCUCGGAGGAUAUUCCUCUGAACUCGGUCUCGGUUACGGUGCAAAGAUACUCGGGGCAGGAAUUCCUUUGGAUAGCAGUCUGUCUUCUGCAUAUGCUUCCGGAUUAGAAUACGGAGGUGGAUACAAAGGACCCAUCAUUGGCUCGGGCGACUUAGCUCUGACUUCGCUCGCUCAACCGGCAGUUCUGAGCGGCGCUAGUGUCUUGCCGACUUUAACGCAUCCUAAGACCGAGCGCAUCACCGGCGUCACCCUUCACCGCGAGGUCCAAGUACCGGUCCCGGUGCCGCAACCAGUUCCGGUUGAAGUGACCAAGCACGUGCCGGUCCCGCACCCAGUUCCCGUCAAAUACGAGCGUCCCUACCCCGUCCCGGUAGCGCAACCGGUGCCCGUGCCAAUUACUCGUCAUGUGCCCGUCAAAAUAGAUCGUCCCUAUCCAGUCGCUGUACCACAUCCUGUUGAGGUCCGUGUGCCGCAACCGGUGCCAGUUCCCGUAGCUCAACCAGUACCUGUUCCGGUGUCCGUCACGAAACACGUGCCGAUUUCUGUACCAGCUGUCGCAGCCGUCGCGCCAACCUUUAACGUCGUACCAUCCACUGUCGGCCUUGCGUCGGCACCCCUUUACUCUCGAGCUAGUCCUCUUUUCACAUCCGCUUACUCAUCUGGUCUCUCUGGAAUUUCAUCCGGACACGAAGUGCUAGAAUUGGGAUCCAGCAGCUUGGGACCGGCACUGUCGGGCGCAACUUUGAGCAGCGGACUUAGCAGCGGAUUUGGCAGCGGAUUUGGCAGCGGAUUUAGCAGCGGACUUAGCAGCGGCGUCAUUUCCAGCGGUGCUGUUGUCAGCAGCGGCUUGGAACACUUCGGCGCCAUCGCUAGUGAACCGACUUUAGGAUCUUCCAACACCUUACUGGCACCUGCCUCUUUCGGUACGGGAAUACCGUUGAAGAAAUGGUAAACUCAAACCAUUUUGAUGUAUUAGACGAAAUGCUUUUUUUGUCAAGACGUUUCGAGUACUUGCGGAUUAAACGUGCAGAAUAUCAAUCAUCUUAUGUACGUUGAAUAAAUGUUUGAUACGUUAAUAAAUAUUUUUCUACCGUA